AUGGCUAUUAGCAACAUAACUACUGUCACUGUGUUUGUUCUCUUGGGGCUAUCCAACAAACCCCAGGCCCAGAUAUUACUCUUUGGGUUAUUCCUAAUGAUUUACCUCUUGACCAUAACAGGAAAUCUGAUGAUGAUUCUGGUGAUCAGUACUAAUCCUCCCCUCCACACCCCCAUGUACUUCUUCCUAAGUCAUCUCUCCUUUCUGGAUGCUUUCUAUUCUUCAACGAUUGUGCCGAAACUCCUGGAGAACAUUUUUUCUAAGUGGAAGACCAUUUCCUUCCUUGAAUGUUUCACCCAGAUCUCCUUGGUCUUAUUUUCUGGGGCCACUGAAGCCUGCCUCCUCUCAGUCAUGGCCUAUGACCGGUUCCAGGCUGUGUGCCACCCAUUGUUGUAUGUGGUGGCUAUGAACAAGAAAAUAUGUACCAGCUUGGUUGUGGCAUGCUGGGUCAUAGGAAUGGUUGCUAGCCUGAUUAAUACCCUCCUCUUAGCUCAACAGCACUUCUGUGGCCCCAACCUCAUCCACAGUUUUGCCUGUGAAGUUCCCCCAGUGCUCAUGUUGACCUGUUCUGACCCUUACAUAAGCAUUGCCUGUAUCUUGACCACCAUGGUGGUCCUGGGCCUGGGAACCCUCAUCCCAUUGCUAGGUUCCUACAUCCGUAUCAUCAUGACUGCUCUGGGAGUCAACUCUGCCAAGGGUCGAAGCAAGAUCUUCUCCACAUGCUCUUCUCAUUUGCUUGUGAUCACCAUCUUUUAUGGUUCAGGAUUUUUCAGGUACAUGACUCCGUCAUCUGGCUCAGUCUUGGAGCAAGUGCUCUCUGUACAAUACAGUGUGGUGACACCACUGCUAAACCCUCUCAUCUAUAGUCUGAAAAACCAAGAUGUGAAAGCAGCUCUAAAGAGGAUGUUAUCUAGGAAGGGCAGCUUUACCUUCUAG